AUGGCGAUAAUCAAUAUUACAACAAGUAAAGAACAGAAUCAAUGGGACAACAUUUUGUGCUCGGUGAAUUUAACCAAAGGGAUACGAAGCCAGCUAGUAUCUCUUUCCGCGGCAAACAUUUUUCUGUCCACCACUGCAUUUCUGGAGAAUAUUCUGAUUCUAGUUGCUCUUCACAAGACGAGAUCACUUCAUCCGCCGUCAAAACUCCUCUACCGUAACCUGGCGAUAACUGAUCUCUGUGUUGGUAUUAUUGCACAACCUCUCAUGGCAGGAUAUAUGAUAGCUGCCGUGAAUGAACAAUGGGCUAUUUGCCGUAACGUGCUGGUCGCAGGUUUUACCGCUAGUUGCAUUGUAGGUUCUGCAUCUUUGUUAACCAUAACUUCAAUAAGCUUGGACAGACUUCUCGCUCUUUUGCUAAGGCAAAAAUACAGACAAGUUGUAACUUUAAGGCGGAUUUAUGCACUUGUCGCUGGUUUGUGGGUCGUGUCCAUUGUGGCUACAGCACUACAAUUUUGGAAACAUCAUUUAACUUUAUGGUAUGGCUGCAUAGUCAUUCAAUUGUGUCUGGUCUUAUCAACGGUCUCUUACGCAAAGAUUUUCAUCACUCUCCGUAGCAAAACAAUUCACAACGACAUGCAAUACAGAAAGGCGGUCUCCAGUGCUUUGUGUGUGUAUCUUGCAAUAGUCAUCUGUUUUGUGCCGAGUGCUGUUGUAUGGGCCUUGGCGACUAAAAGAGAGCGGUCUUCUUCCCUUGCUGUUGCCAAGUUAACGACAACUACUUUCGUGUUCUUCAACUCUUCACUGAACCCAGUACUUUAUUGCUGGAAGAUUGCAGAACUAAGAAAAGCAGUCAAGGACACAAUGGGACAACUUUGCUCUCGUAUUAUUGGUUGUUUUGUGUAAAUAGGGUACUACUAUCGAACAACUGAAAACUUUUAUAUAGCCAAACUUUUCGAAAACAAAAGUCCUUUGGAAAGUUGGCUGUUUCGAAACCCCAUGGGCUAGACAUGCGAAAGAUACUGUAAUUUUGGUUUUGAUCUUCAAUUUGUUGAAUUUGCUCUCGGACUGUCGACGGAUACUGCAAUAAAAUCCGAUGAUGACCAAUUUUACUGGAGAUGAGAACCACCAAACAUUCGAGGAGCUGCACUGCUCUGGAGAACUGACCGCUGGAAUAGAACACCAGCUGAUCUUUCUGUCGGCGUUAAAUAUUGUCCUGUCCUUUACUGCAUUUUUUGGGAAUGUUCUGAUCCUAGUCGCUCUUCACAAGGAGUCGUCGCUUCAUUCUUCGUCCAAAGUCUUGUAUCGCAACUUGGCGAUAACUGAUCUCUGUGUAGGUCUCAUUGUAGAGCCGCUUCAUGUCGUUUGGAGCUUAUCUGUGGUAACCGAACGAUGGGACAAAUGCCGCCAUGCAUUUCAAGGAGCUUUCACCAUGGCCUAUAUCUUGUGCGCAGUGUCUUUGUUUACACUGACUGCGAUAAGCGUAGACAGACUUCUCGCCCUGUUGUUGGGGCUGAGAUACAAACACUUUGUUACCUUGCAGCGUACAUAUCUAACUGUACUGGCGUGCUGGGUUAUAUCAAUUGCCUGCGCAUUGAUGCAGUUUUGGAAUUACCUUAUAACCUUAUGGGGUGGCUACAUAGGAAUAUCAGUGUGUCUCGUAACAUCGACAGUUUCUUACGCCAAGAUUUUCUUUACUUUGCGUUAUCAUUUCAAUAAUCAAGAUCAACCGAGCGGAACAAUUUCGUUGAACAUAGCACGCUACAAAAAAGCAGUGUCUGGCGCAUUGUGGGUACAACUAAUGCUUGUUCUCUGCUACCUUCCACAAGGUGUAGUGGACGCUUUGGUGACUCAAAGAGGGCUUUCUUCUUCAGUUUACAUUGCAAGAUCUCUGACAGUGACUUUGCUCUACUUAAACUCGUCUCUAAACCCGAUUCUUUACUGCUGGAAGAUCAGAGGAGUGAGACACGCAGUGAAGGACACGCUAAAACAACUUUUCUGUUUAUCGUAA